UUAACCUCUAAGUAAAAAACCAACGAUUUUCACAAUAUUUGUUCAAUGAAGUUAUCGGAGAGAAUAUAACGUGAAUUGGAUUUGUGUAUAAUAUCUUAACGGUGAAUUCACAAAGAUAGGGGUAUAAGUUCUGCAAAUAUGACGUCUGCAAUUGAAAUUUUAUGGAAACAAGCACUAAAAACAUUUGACGGACGAAGAAAUGUUGGAUUCAAGCUUUGUCAAAAGAAUUUUGAUAAAUUAUGGAAUUUAAUGAAUAAAAUCACAGCCGACGAUGUAAAUUUAAAUAAGCAAGUUCUUGAUUUCAUACAAAUACAAGCUGCCCCAAUGUGUGUUAUUGACAUAUUUGAAAAUAAAGAUUUGACUAUUUCAAUUUUUAUAUUGAAACAUGGAGUUACAAUGCCAAUGCAUGAUCAUCCUGGAAUGCAUGGCUUUUUAAAGGUAAUUAGUGGUGCAGUUCAAUUGAACAGUUAUACUUUGAAUACAAGUGAUGAUCAUAUAAUCAAAUUAAAUAAAGAAAUAGCAGCAUUCAGACAUCGACCAAUAUAUGUACACAAUAGUUCACCUGCUUGCAUUCUUACACCAAGAGAAAAAAAUUUACAUGAAAUUUCAUGUAUCGAAGGACCUGCUGCAUUCUUGGACAUACUUAGUCCACCUUAUGAUGUAGAUGAUUGUGGAAAGGGUCCACGUCCAUGUACCUUUUUCAAAGCUAUAAGUUCUAAAUUAUGUACAGAUUUACCAGAUGUAAUUGAAGAAGUAAAGCUAUUAGUUUUCGAAGGUCUACCAGAUUUCAAUUCUGCAAGUCUUAAGUACACAGGACCACCGUUAAUGUGACGUGAAU